ACGCAGAGUCAUGUUUCUCAUUCAUUCAUAUAUAAACCUUGGCUUCCCGGCGAUUCCACAAAACAAAAACAAAAAAGAAAACACUUUGAGAAAACGAUUUUAAAAGACGCGAAAUUUGGAUGGUGUUUUGCGUGAGAGAGAGGGCGAGAGAGAACACGAAAGAGGAGGAGUUGUCGAUGUCGAUGGCGAUGAGCAGUCACGAGAGAUCAUCAUCAAAACCACUUCAUAACUUCACGUUACCAUACCUCAAGUGGGGUCACCAGCGGCAUCUUAGAUGCAUGAAACUCGAGGAUUCGUCGACUACCACAACGACGUUGUUAAAUGAACGACCGCGUAGGCGAUCGCCGCCGUCCUCCAAGUUGAGGAAGGAAUCGGAAGAGGAAGGGAUCGAUGCGGUGAGGGAGAAGAUUAUCAACGAUCUCAAAACGGCGGCGGAUAAGAUGAAAGAUAAGAUAUUGAGAGAGGAGGUGGAGUUGGAGGAUGAGGAGGAAGAAUCGUCUCCUGCUGCGGCUGCUGUUGUGGUGGCGGCUCCGUGGAAUCUUCGCACUCGGCGUGCUGCGUGUAAAGCGCCGCCGAUUGGUGGAGCGGCAGCGGGUAAGGGAUUUAGAAUCGAGGAGAAAAAGUCUAAUUCAUCGCCGAUUGGAAGUGACGCUGUUGGCGCCAAGUCGCCGAGGUUGAAGGAGGUCAAGAAAGAGAGAGUGAAAUUCGCAGUGAAUUUGACGAGGAAGGAGAUCGAAGAAGAUUUUAUGGAGUUGGUUGGUCAUCGGCCGCCGAGGAGGCCCAAGAAGCGGCCCAGGAAUGUGCAGAAGCAAUUGGAUAAUUUGUUUCCGGGAUUAUGGUUGACAGAAGUGACGGUUGAUUCGUAUAAGGUGCCGGAGUUAGCUGAUAACGGAAAGAGUUAGCAAUGGGAAAAGGGGAUCCAUAUGGUAGUUUCGAGGCUUCUGAUUGGUGAAUACUGAUGAUUUGUGACCUUAAUUUAGUGGUAUACAACAACAGUACCACACCAUCUUUGUGAGGGAAUUUCAUACAAGUGUUGAAUUUCCUGGUAACUUUGUGGUGCAAGUUCAGUUGCUCUGAAAUGCUAAUUUUGUUUAUUAAUUCGUCAUUCAUUGUUUCUUUCUAAUUAGCGAAAUAAUAAUUGUGUAUAAAGAAAGGGGAUGGUUGGAUGUUGUUAGAUGGAAGAGAAUGGCAUUGUACGAGCUUCAUUUUUUAAAUACACUUGCUUAGUUGCCUUUGAUGUCAA